AUGGCGGUACCAGGAUAUUACGAAUUAUAUCGUCGAAGCACAGUGGGUAACAGUUUAGUGGAUGCUUUGGAUACUCUAAUUAGUGAUGGUAGAAUUGAGGCAUCAUUAGCUAUGCGUGUAUUAGAGACAUUUGAUAAGGUGAUAUCUGAAACUUUAAAAGAUAAUACACAAGCCAAAUUGACUGUGAAGGGUAAUCUAGAUACAUAUGGAUUUUGUGACGAUGUUUGGACAUUUAUUGUGAAGAAUUGUAAAGUUACAGUGGAAGGUAAUUCACAAAUAAAUGGAGAUUCUAAUAAUUCCGAUGAUCAAAAUAUUAUCAAUGUGGAUAAAUUAAGGAUAGUGGCAUGUAAUUCAAAGAGAAGUGAUUGA